AUGUACCUGCCAAGAUCAAGAAUCCCUUUUUCGAAUUUAAAUACCACUUCUGCCUCUUGUACCACUGGCUAUGCCUUUCACGUGACCCACUGGCCGGCACCACCAUUGGCCGCCUGCCUGCCUCGCCUCUGCCUUGACCUGACGUACGCUACCUUACCACGCCUGGCCAUCUCUCGCAACCUCAACACCAGUGCUUCCCAUCUCGACUUCUUCUUGCCAAGCCCACCUCGUCGCCGCCCGUCGCCAUCACGUCGAGCGCCGCCACGCAGUACCCUCCCGUCCACCUACCACGACCCUUUUCAUUUUUGCCUCUUCGAGCCGCCGACCGUCACCAUGAACCCUGAAUACGACUACCUCUUCAAGCUCCUUCUCAUCGGCGACUCUGGUGUAGGAAAGUCUUGCCUGCUGCUUCGUUUCGCCGAUGACACCUACACCGAAUCCUACAUUUCUACCAUCGGUGUCGAUUUCAAAAUCCGCACCAUCGAGCUCGAUGGAAAGACGGUGAAGCUUCAGAUUUGGGAUACCGCCGGCCAAGAACGCUUCCGCACCAUCACCUCUUCCUACUACCGCGGUGCCCACGGCAUCUGCGUCGUCUACGAUGUGACCGACAUGGACUCCUUCAACAACGUCAAGCAAUGGCUGCAGGAGAUUGACCGCUAUGCCACCGAGGGCGUCAACAAGCUCCUCGUCGGCAACAAGAGCGAUAUGUCCGAUAAGAAGGUUGUCGAGUACACUGUCGCCAAGGAAUUUGCCGACUCCCUCGGAAUCCCCUUCCUCGAGACCUCGGCCAAGAACGCCAGCAACGUCGAGCAGGCUUUCCUCACCAUGGCCCGCCAGAUCAAGGAGCGCAUGGGCACCACAGCUGCCAACAACACCAAGCCCAGCGUACAGGUCGGCCAGGGCCAGGGCGUCGGCAACAACUCGAACAACAGCUGCUGCUAA